CCUGGCCGCGGCCGCGCGCCUUCUGCUCGCCGCGCCACCUCCGCGCCCGAUCCUUUGCGACUGGGCGCCCGAGUGGACGGAGCUGGCGACGCUGCCGGCCGCCCUGCUGGGCCCGCCGCCCUGCGCAUCCGACCCGACACAAAAGAACGUCGGCUCGACGGACUGCCCCUUUGAAAGUCUACGUCUUAUGAAAUUCGCCAACGUCAGAGCGAUCGCCAGGUCGACGGCCGCGGUCCGAGCGCUGGUCCGCUUCCGACUCGACGGCGAGGAGACGCGCGAUCUGGCGGCGCGGGCGCGCAGCGGCAUCGCGCCCCACGCCGCCGCCGAGGAGUUCUUGAGAGCGCACCCGAAGAGCGAGCGGAGGAGCGAGGUGCGCGUGGUGGUGAUGGUGCCGAGCGUGACGGCGCGCCAGGCCCACGACGCGCACGCGCUCGCCGCGGCCGCGCAGUUGGCCGAGGCGCAUCUGGAGGAGGCGGGCGCCCCGCGCGCCGCGCGCUUCAAGGUCGAGCUGUUCGACGACCGCUGCGACGUGCGCCAGGCGUACAGGUACAUGUUCACCGCACUGGGCACGGGCGAGUUCGGCGCGCUGUCGGCCAUGGCGGGGCCAGCGUGCGUCGCCGCGUUCGCCGAGGUGGCGCGGCAGAGCGCGGCGCACGCGCUGCCGCUGCUGGCCUACAGCGCGCAGACGGCGGCGCGCGGCGCAGCGGCGCUGCUGGCGGCGGGCGAGGCGCGCGACGCGGCGGGCGCGCUGUCCGCGCUAGCUCAGCGCCUGCGCUGGCGGCGGCUGGCGGCGCUGAGCGAGCCCGCCGCGCGCGCCGCGCUCGACGCCUCGCGGCUGCGUGUGCCGCUCCUCGUGCACCUCGAGCUGCCCGAUCCCCUCCCCGAGGACGACGGACAAAUAUUUUAUGAUGUAAUUACAAUUUUUUAUUUAUGUGUGAUGUAUUUCCGUUACUGGGCGCGGCGCGUGGCGGCGUCCGGCGCGCGCGUGGUGGUGGUGGCGGCGGAGGACGCGCGCGUGGUGCGCGCGGCACUGUGCGCGGGGGCACGCGCGGGCCUGGCACCGGGCGCGGGCGCGGUGUGGUUGCUGCCCGGCGCGCUGCCGGCCGGCUGGCUGCGCGCGCGCCCGGGGGACCGACCCGCCUGCGCCCAGCGCGACCUGGACGCCGUCGCCGACGGCCACCUCAGCUUCGCGGCAGAGUGGCUGGCCGCGUGGCGCGAUGAGGUCGCCGCUUUGCCGUCUGAUGCCGACGCCGAGGCGACGAGCACGCAACGAGCCCAGGCACCGGACCGAUAUGUUCAAGAUAUCACUGCGUGGCGGCGGCAGUGGGCGGCGCGCUGCGCGGCAUGGGCGCGCCGCGGCGUGGGCGCGGGCGCUGGUGUGGGCGCGGGCGGCUCGUGCGACGAGGGCGCGGCGGGCACGGCGGCGCUGCUGUACGACGUGCUGCGGCUGUGGGCGAGCGCGCUGGACCGCGUGCUGGCCGCGCAGCCCGCGCGCCUCGCCGACCUGCACGACCCCGACACAGUCCGAAGUCUCAUCGAAAACGCGACGGGAACCGAAUACGUCGGGCUGACGGGGAGAUUCCGGUGGGCGCGCGAGGGCGCGGGCGCCGUGCGCGUGGCGCCCCUGCUGCUGCUGCAGUGGGAGAACGGAUCGCGUCGCGCCGUCGGCCGGUGGCGCCGGAACGGCCCGCUGCACCUCGGCGCCCCGCGCUGGCGCACACCGGACGGCGCCCCGCCCGGUGACGGCGGCGACGACAACUGCGCGUUGCGCCCGCUGGCCCAGCUGCUGCGCGCCGACUGCCGCGCGGCCGGCGUGGCGCUGGCGGCGCUGCUGCUCGUGCUGGCCAUGGCCGUGCUAGCGGCCGCCGCGCUGCACUGCAAGCGGCGCGCCGAGCGCGAGUGCCGCGCGCGCCUCGCCGCGCUGGCGCUGCGCCCGGUGGGCCCCGCUCGCGACGGCCUCGACCGCUGGGAGGUGCCGCGGGAGCGCGUCGUCAUCAACCGCAAGCUCGGCAUGGGCGCGUUCGGCACCGUGUACGGCGGGCACGCGCUGCUGGGCGAGGCGCGCGCCUGGACGGCAGUGGCCGUCAAGACGCUAAAGGCCGGUGCCACCACCGAGGAGAAGCUCGACUUUCUCUCGGAGGCGGAGGCGAUGAAGCGCUUCGACCACAAGAACAUAGUGCGCCUACUCGCCGUCGUCACCAAGACGGAGCCGGUGUGCACCGUGAUGGAGUUCAUGCUUUACGGGGACCUGAAGAACUACCUGCUGGCGCGCCGGCACCUGGCGCUGGCGGGCGAGGGCGCGGGCGAGGGCGUGUCGGCGCGCCGGCUGACGGCGAUGGCGGGCGACGCGGCGCGCGCGCUGGCGUACCUGGCGCGGCUGCGCUACGUGCACCGCGACGUGGCGGCGCGCAACUGCCUGGUGUCGGCGCGGCGCGUGCUCAAGCUGGCCGACUUCGGCAUGACGCGGCUCGUGUUCGAGAACGACUACUACCGCUUCAGUCGCAAGGGCAUGCUGCCGGUGCGCUGGAUGGCGCCGGAGAGCCUGGCGCUGGGCGUCUUCUCCGCGGCCUCGGACGUCUGGUCCUUCGGCGUACUGCUGUACGAGAUAGUCACCUUCGGCUCGCUGCCGUUCCAGGGGCUCAGCAACGCCGAGGUGCUAGCGCGCGUCAAGGCCGGGCACACGCUGGACCUGCCGCCGGGCCUCGCGCCGCCGCUAGAGGCGCUGAUAAAGUGGUGCUGGCAGCGCGAGCAGCGCGCGCGGCCCAGCGCGGCGGAGCUGGCGGCGCGGCUCAGUGGCUCCCCGCGCCUGCUCACGCCCUGCCUGGACGUGCCGCUGGACGCGCUGCCGCUGCCGCUGGCCGACGAGCCGCCCUGGCGCGCGCCGCCCGACCGCGCCGCCGCGCGCUGGCUCAGCUGGGCCGCGCCGCCCGCCUCCGCCGCCGCCGCCGCCGCCGCCGACCCCGCCUCCGCGCACACCGACACCACCUACCUCAGCGCCGAGCCGCGCGACACUGACCGCUUCCUGCCGCCGCCCUCACAUUCCAAUCUCUUCUAG